AUGGCAAGUUUGCGUCACCCAGCCCAUGGCCAUUUUAGCAGCAUGUUUACAUCACCUGACCCUCAAUCUAAGUUUAUCCAUGACAAGACAACAGUACUAAAGGCCAGGUGCAAUAGCCAUUUCAACUCUGUACAGACCACAUUGUUGGCCAAUUUUAACAUUGCCUCUAGAUUUUUUGGUACCUGGACAGUGGCCGUCUGUGUGCAAAGCCCUCCCUUGGCACAGUAUGAUGCAGGGAAAUCCCAUCGUGAGUGGGUCCAAGAGAAUUCUCCCGGCCAACUAGCAGGAUUAGAAGCUUUCUUUGAUUUCAUUGUUGCUAUUGGAAACACAAGAUUGGAUCAAGACAAUGAUACGCUGAAAGAACUCUUAAAAAGCUCAAUUGAGAAGGAGCUAAAGAUGACUGUCUACAGCAGCAAGACCCAAACUUUACGAACAGUGUCUAUUACCCCUUCCAACCUCUGGGGUGGACAGGGGCUGCUUGGUGUGUCCAUCCGAUUUUGUUCCUUUGAGGGAGCAAAUGAGAAUGUUUGGCAUAUACUUGAAGUUGAACCAAACUCUCCAGCUGAUAUUGCUGGCCUCCAGGCUUACACAGAUUAUAUCAUUGGUGCUGACUCAGUCCUGCAUGAGAGCGAGGAUCUCUUCUCACUCAUUGAAGCCCAUGAAGGUCGACCACUCAAGCUCUAUGUGUACAAUGUUGACACAGAUGCUUGUCGGGAAGUGACCGUCACACCCGAUACUCAGUGGGGAGGGUCUGGUAGCUUGGGAUGUGGGAUUGGCUACGGAUAUCUUCAUCGCAUUCCUACCCAGCGUAAUGUAUCCCAAACACCACAGCCCGCUCAACCAGAGUCUGUUUCUUCAUCAUCAGAACCAUUGUUACAGGUGGCCACUGGAAGCGGUGUAGAUACAGUUGUAUCAAGUAUAAGUGAUAUGAGUUUAUCGGAAAGCACAACGACAGCAACAUCUACAAUUCCUCCACCCACUGCCUUCACAGCAGCCCCUGAAGCUAAUCCAGCGUAUGCUACAGCCACAGCAACUGCUGCUACAACUGCUGCCAUGCCAGCUGCUACUGCUGCUGUGCCCAGUAUACCACCUCCUUCACCAUUCACUCAACUCCUAUUCCCCCCCCUGCUGAGCUGCCAGCAAGUCUUCUCCAGUUGUUCCAGUACACCUUAUUCUCAGGCCACUAUUGCCACUACAUCAUCCAGUCCAAUUCCUCCCCAAAUCCAAGCAUCUCAACGCCAUGCAGCCACCAAUCCUUCACCCAUGCCACAGCCAAGCCCCUUGAUGAUGGGUGGUGCCCCAACUGUCCCAGUCAUGGCUCCUCCAGUCAUGGCUCCUCCUCAUAGGGGGUCUGAAGGUAGUGUGGGCAUGUCUCUGCCUCAACCACCACCACCUGCUCUGAAUCAGUACUUCUCAUCACCACCUAUGGUCACCCCACCAGUUCCUCCCACUUUUGCAGCACCAUCAAUGCCAUCAAUCCCAGGAAUGCCAGUGACUACCCCAAUUAAUCUCCCUGGGAUGCCCCCAAUCACAGUAAGUGCCACGUUGCCACCAGAGUCAUUCCAAGGAAUCCCUAGCAACCCACCUGCCACUUCUCAGCCAGUUCACUUGAUGAAAAGGGACACUGUUUUAAAACAGGUUGUUUUGGUGCACAUUCUUUCAACAAAGAUGCUCUAUGUGAUGUUCUGGCACUAUGUGAGCAUUUAA